AUGGAAAUGUGUAACUCCUUCAUUGAUUGUUUAGGGUUCUGCAGGCCUCACAAGCUAUUUUAUGUAGACCCUAAUGUUUCAGAAUUUGACGAUAUUAGAAGAUUAACUUCAGAGGAAGAUUUGAAAUCCCUGGUAGAACUUAUGUAUGCACAGAAGAAGAGAGCUAUUGUUAUGUAUAGGAUUGGUCUUAAUGAAUAUGAUCCACUACCAGGACCGAGACCCAAACGUCCUGCAUAUUUUGAUGAAGGUGAAGAGACUGAUGCUGAUGAUGAAGAUUAUGAACCUGAGAGUGAUUACAGUUUGUUAGAUUCUAAUGAUGAAAGCAUUUGCAAAUAUGCCAACGAGUCAAUGCAUUCUUCCAAUUGGGCAAGUUUGAGAAUGCCGUCUGAGUUUGUCCCUUAUGCACAUGUAGAUGCUGGUGCUGGAGAUUCAGAGUCUGACUAUGCUUCUUGUGAUAACUUGCAUGAAGUUCAGGGUGGUGAUGAUGAGGAGCAUGUAGAAGUCAAGAAAUUCUGGGAGUUCAACCCAAAGAAAGAGAUGCACAACCCAACUUUUGGUGUUGAUCAGAGAUUCGGAGAUAAGUGGAUAUUAACUAAAAGCCAUCAGAACACAUGCUAUUGUGGAUAG